GGCUGGGAGGCGCUUCUGCGGCGCUGCGGGAGGCACGGGGAGUGGCGGUGGGGGCUGCCUUGUGCUGAGCUCACCAACAGCUCCGGAAAGGUUUUUGCAGGGCCCUCCCUGAUCCGUCGGUGUCAGGUUGGUUUUCGGCUAAAUGUAUCUUUCAGACAGCCCCUCGGCAGUGACUGGACCGAAGAAAACCUGAGACAGAUGCUGCUUUUCUGUUGCUGUUGGAUUUGUUGGAGGCUGUGGGUACCUGCUUGGUGGUGCUUGCAGCAAUAGCUCCAUGCCAGGAGACGGUGACUUCCAGGAGCUCCUCUCUACUUCCCUUAAGGAGGAGCUGUGGGUAUCUGCUGCUCUAAACAAAAAAUCACAUCUGUCAUAUGGUUAAGCACUUGAAAAAGUGCUUGGAAACAUGGCAAAAUUGCCAUCCUUGCAUAAGGACAAAUUUACUUGAAUGUGGGCCUGUGAAGCUGGCUACAGCUUUUAUUUCUGAGAAAUAAGUUGAACUCGAGAUUUACAAAGAUCUCUUCCAGCCUGAGUUUUAUCUUUUUCUUUUACACUUCUGGGACCCAGGUGGUUACUUUGGUCACUAAGGCAACCAAGUCUCUUUUGCAAUGACCACAGAAUUACUUUCUCUGGUGCAUAAUCCAUCAUGUGAAUCUUUCCUACUGGAUGAAGAACUAACAGUUUCUGUAGCAGUGAUGAUAUAACUGGGAUUGGCUUAUUUACCUAGAGAAUUUCCUGUUUCAAUCUACUUCCUUAAAGAGAUGAAGAAAGGACCAGAAAGCGAAGCAUGUGCACUUGCUGCUCCAGGCAAUUUAGUGGAGUCAGAUCCAGACACUAAUAGCAACAAUGGAACCUCAGCAAGAGAGAAAGACAUUCUUCCUUCUCCCGGAGAACAGACAACCAGCGCAGAGACAUCAAGAAAGAAGCUCUGUGGUUAUUUAAAUAAGCUGGGCAUCAAGGGGCCAAUCAAGACCUGGAAGUCUCGCUGGUUCUUUUACGAUGAAAACAAAUGUCGCUUACUGUACUACAGAACUGCCCAGGACAUUAAUCCUUUGGGGUCUAUUGAUCUCUCCAGUGCCAGCUUUGACUGCAAAAUGGAAAAUGGGGAAGGAGUUUUUGAGAUCAGAACACCGAGCAGAGCUUUUACUUUGAAGGCAAUCAGCAAACAGGCAAUGAUGUACUGGCUGCAGCAGCUGCAAAUGAGACGUUGGGAAUUUUGCAACAUUCAGAGCAGAUUUCCUGUGGGCAGCUCCCAGCUUGUGAAUGAACCUCUGGCUGGAAGAACAAUUGACAAUGAAGACUUUCUGCCUCUUGUGAAAACACCAACAGAAGCAGUGGGUUUAAAGGCAGCAUCUUUGCCUGCACCCCAAACAUCUACUGCUUUGCAGAACAUCUCCCUUAAACACCCUUGGACGGAGAUACAAAACACUGUCUACAACAUUUGUGGCUCCAAGCAGCUCUGGGGGAGCAAUGGGAAUGUCUUUAGCUUUAAUGAAUUCCAAGAGCAUCCUGAGAAUGUGGAUGAGGAGCAAGAGGCAGAAGGUACAGUUAAGGAAGGGACCCUGGAAGAUGGGAGGAUGGGGCCCAGGCUGAAGUGGAUUAGGAAAGCCAGGUGGAUGAACAGUGGCUUCCCAGGCUCUGAAGAACUGUUGAGGGAGAAGAACUCAGUGGAUAAAGUGAAUGACCUUCAGCAACAGAUUCUGACACUCACAGAGGAAGUCAAGUCACAGAAGGAACUGGUCAAACUUCUCCACAAAGCUCUGGAGGCAGCCCAGCAAGAGAAGCGAGUAUCUAGCAUGUAUCUCACAGUAGCAGAAGAUAAGGACAGGCUGGAGCUGGUGUGCCACAAAGUGAGACAAAUUGCAGAUCUGACAAGUCGACUGGAAGCUCUUGAACAAGAAAAGAAGGAACUGGAGCAGAUACUGACUUUGAGAGACAGCCAUAUCCAGGAGCUCAAGGAACACGUGCAGCUUCUGAUGGAGAAGAACCAUGCCAAACAGGAAGUCAUCAUGACCUUGACAGAGCAGAUGGCCCGAAAACUCUCUGACCCUCUGCAAGAAGCUAACACUAUCACUGUAGAGACAUUGUAUAAGCAGCAGGAGGAGAUUGAGCAUCUGAAGGAUGAUAUUGAUGCAUACAAAACCCAGAACCAGUUUCUCAAUUCUGAGAUCCACCAGGUUACUCGACUCUGGACAAGUGUUGCUGAGAAUGAAAAAGCUCUUCUGAUGAAGUGUGCCUGCCUGCAAGCAAGAAACUGCCAGAUGGAGAGCAAAUACCUGACAGUUUUGAGAAAGCUGCAGGAGGCUGUGCCUGGCCUGCCCAACUUGCAUGCUGAACUGGUGAAGAACCUCAUCCGGGAAGCUCUCCAGUGGGAUGUGAAGGAAGAAGCAGAAGGUCUUAACUUGAACCCUGUAAGUGAGUAUGAUGAGUAUGGGUUUAUGACUGUACCUGACUAUGAAAUUGAGGACUGGAAACUUCUGGCCAGAAUCCAAGCCCUUGAGAUAAAGUCCAACAAACUGUGGAGCCAGGAAAUAGUGGAGAAGCCCCUCCGUGACAGAUGGAACAGCAUUGGAGAGCUGAACCCCUCUGCAGAGCUGAAGAGCUUAAUUCGAAAUGGCAUCCCAGUGGAGCAUCGUCAGUGGGUGUGGAGCUGGAUGGUCAGCCGGCACUGCAGCCCAGUGCCUGGCCACUACCAGCGGCUGCUGGAGCAGAGCAGGAGCACUGAGCACCCGGCCUGCCGGCAGAUUGAGCUUGACCUACCCCGUACACUGACCAACAACAAGCAUUUCUCCUCUCCCACCUCCCAGCUCAUCCCCAGGCUCCGGAGGGUGUUAGUGGCAUUCUCCUGGCACAAUCCUGCCAUUGGGUACUGCCAGGGAUUGAACAGAUUGGCAGCUGUUGCUCUCCUGGUCCUAGAAGAUGAGGAAAGUGCUUUCUGGUGUCUAGUCUAUAUUGUGGAGAACCUAAUGCCAGCAGACUACUACAGCGAGACACUAAUAACAUCACAGGUAGAUCAGAGAGUCUUCAAAGACUUCCUGUCCGAGAAGCUGCCUUGCCUCAUGGCUCAUUUUGAACAGUAUCAGAUUGAUGUCUCACUCAUCACCUUCAACUGGUUUCUUGUGGCCUUUGUGGACAGCUUGGUCAGCGACAUCCUCCUGCGAGUGUGGGAUGCCUUCUUGUAUGAGGGAACUAAGGUAAUUUUCCGCUAUGCUCUUGCGAUUUUUAAAUACAAUGAGGAGGAAAUCCUAAGAAUUCAUGACAGUGUGGAGAUCUACCAGUAUCUACGCUUCUUCACAAGGAUGAUCACGGACGGCAGGAAGCUGAUGAACAUUGCCUUCAAUGACUUAAACCCCUUCCCCAUGAAACUGCUGAGGAACCGUCGGUCAAUGCACAGAGAAGAGCUGGAGGCAGAGCUGCGUGAACUUGAACAGAUCAAGGCAGCCUAUGUGAAAGGGAGAGCAGAGCAAGGACCUCAAGACUUGGAGGAGGCAGUUAGUGAAGAGGAAGAAGAGAGCUAGCAAAAAGAGAGUUCAUCAUCACUUCCCUCCCAUACUGCAGAAGUCAUCAGUAGCAACUGUCAGUGAGAAAUGGACCACAGGAGGAAGCGUGGUCACAGGAGCUCGUGUACCCCAAUAAGCAAGGCUGUAUGGGACCAUUUGGAGACCAAGUCAGUUUUAUAAUGGAUUGGAAGGUGUCAGAGGAGUUUAAUCCUCUUCUAUAUUUCUCCCCAUUUAGCCCAUCCUGUCCUGUGCAGUUCAGGAUUACAGCUGAGGGUGCAGAAGAAAUAUCAGUUGUGGUGUCAUGACAGGAACUGACAUGAUGCAAAAGACCAAGCAGGGCUUUUAUUCAUUUUUGGAUGGACGCUUGAAUGAGGUCUUUACUACAAGUAAAAUCUCCAGAGAUAAUGAACCAAGAACACUCCCUUGUUACCUAAACCUUCUGAAUUGGUCAGGAAAAAAACUUCUCUUAAACAGCAUGGUGCCUUCAUUGUCCAGCCUGCCAGGAGAGUGUGUUUUUAACAUUGUUACUGAUCAAGACACUGUCUCCAGAUGAGUGUUGGGUCUGUGGAGGUUCUGAAAGCUGGAGGACAUCAGCCCAUGGGAUGUAGGCUGGGACCAGGAAACAGAUCGUGGGAGAGUAGAGUUGCUUCUCCUGUAGGAAGUUCAUGGGAGCACAAGGUGUGUCUUCUGCUUUGCUGGGAAAUGUUGUGAGCUUUCUCUCCUCAUGUUUAGCUUUUAGGCCCUGGCAUCACUCUGUGCUGGUGAGUUUGCUCCAUGGAGGAACUCUAAUCUCUGUAUGAAACCAGCCUUCCUGUAGGUAGGGCCAAGUGUUAUGUGGACUUUUACUGGGGAUGGCUGGAUUUUCUGAUAGUCUCACUCCUGGCCAUCUCCUGUCCCAUGGUUACAGUCCUCCUGUGCUGGAUUUUUAUAUUGAUAUCCCUGUCUCUGACUUCCAUUCAUUAUGAGAGGGACAAGGGCUUUUCCGUAGGAGUUUAUGAUAUUGAAGGUGUUUUGUCCAUGGCAUAUGGCUGGUAGUGAACCUGAAAACCCUUGGAACAAGGUCACAAAAGAUGACCUGAUAUUCUUUAGAAAAAAACCUUAAUGUCCCCUGAACCAAGGAGCUGGCCUCCAUGGGUCUAGCACACAGAGAAGCCCUAUGGGGUCUCAUAGCCUUCUGCCCUGCCUCCAGGCUCAGCCAUUCCCUGCUUGUGCAGCUGAGCUCUCCACUGACCCAGGAUGAGUCAACGAUUUAGAUAAAUACAACUUAUUUUCCUUAACAUGAUGCCAGAUCCUGCUGCCUCACUUUCCUGCUGAGUGGUGUAUUACUCCAGGUGUACCUGCAGUGCUGGCACAGAUAGCAUGCAGCAGACACUGCUGUAAGGGGGAGGCUCUAUGUUUUUAGACUGACCUUGAACGCAAAUGGCUUAUGCUUUCUUUAACUAGCUGGCGGUUAAUAACCCAGCCCUUCAAGUUGUCAGUACUUGUAGAGAGGAAGGAAAGGGAGGAAUUCAUAGCCCACAGUGUUCUCAGCCCCGUUCUUCUUGGGCUGUAGCCAAGACGACAGACUCUAGGGGAAUCAUUGCCUAUUCACCUGGGACACAUGGUCUGCCUCACUGGACAAAUCAGCCACUUUCAAUGCCUUAUAGAAGACUGAGAUGGGAGAGACCUGUGGAGGUCAACCACACAGCAGAGAAGGAAUCAAAGUGGAAGUGAAGUUUUGGGAAGAGUGGAUAGAUCCCCGAAGGUUUAUUUAUAGACUUAUGUUCAUGAGUGCACACAGAAUUUAGCCAUUGUUACAGACAUUAUCUUCUAAAUCAAGACCAUGAAAAUUAGACGUUUACUUACAAUUUUGUUUCCUAGAGCUUUCUGCAACAGCUUAAGAAUCUUUCCUCCUGAUUUGCCCUUAUGUUUAAUAAUAAAGGCAUUUGAAACAUGUAUUAUUAGACUAAACCACAGCCUGACUAUGGUCUCUGUGAUACAUAAACUCAUCUGACAUAGACCUAAAGAUCAAGAUACUGAUCCUGAUGGAGAAUUCUGAAAAUAAUUUUUAAAUUAAAUUGGAAGGGAAGGACAUGUGAGGGUUGUUUUAAAGUUUCUUUUCUUUUGUGUCUUACUCAGCUCUUGGUUUUGGUCCAAAUAUAUUUGCUGAGGACCAUCUUCUCUGGUCCUAUUGAUAAGCAAUCGUGGUCAUUCUUUAUUAAACUGUGGUGGAUGUAGGAAUGUCUGCAAAGCCUAUAAAGACCUGCACCUUGGAGCCAAGCUGACUUGUCCUCAUGGGCUCUCAUCUACUUUCCUUCUGCUUCAUAAAUUUCAGUAGUACUGAAUAGCACUGAACUCAAAUCACAAAAUUACAGUUGGGCCAGACACAAAUCCCUCAAGCCCCUGCAAGACCUGCAGUGACUAUCAGUCAAUGCCAUGGGUGUUUUGAAUCUCUUGGUUACCUCUGCAUGAAGUGCUCAAGAAUGAUUUGUGCUGCCACUGCCAACUGUUGUGGCUGGGAAACAGUUUGACCUAGUUAUGCAGCCCAGCAGCUCCUUCUGCCUGUGCUGGCACCUGUGCAUAAAACAGGUGUCUUUCUACCUAGAGCCAGACUUUGCUGAGCUUUGCUGUAUGCGUAACAUUACUUAUGAAAUUAAGCUUUCUAUCUCUGAAUUAACCUAAAUCUUGGCAUACUAGCUCCAACCUUAAAAAGGAGGGUUUUGAUUUCCACACCCACCCUCCUCCCUAUGAUAUGCCAUUAACUUGUAAGUUCACUUUGUUGCAGGAUCUUGUGGUCGCCAAAAGUUCAUAGGGUUUGAGAGGAUGAAUUGGUGGAGUGGUGCCAAACAUACAUAAAGCCACUGCUGGCUCAAUAAUUCCCUGAGCUGCCAAUAAGAAGAGUCUGUAAAGCUUCCCUUUUUGGCCUGGAUGGUGUUGGGCUGGCAGGAUCUAUACCUUCAUAUGCUGCAGCUAAGCCCUGUAUUCUGGUGUGCUGCCAGAGUGGCAAAAGGCACUACUGGGGAGGUUGUUUCUGGGUUAAUGUUUAGCCUAAGCUUGAGCAUCUCAUCCAGGGUGAAGGUGACAGCUAAGGGGCAAGGCAUUUUUCCAUGGGAGGAUAGCAACAACACGCUGUAGGAGGAACUAUACCACAGUGCUGAGGUUUCUUUUCCAGUCUGCAGGCCGGGCAACCUCCUGCCACCAUCACAGACACAAGACCUUGGGCUUGUCUCUUCCCAUUUAAGAGCUCACUUGUGGCCUGAGAUGAUGCUGAGAUUUCUCCAGCCAUCUUCCAGUGCUAAGAGCUCCUUUACAAAACAUUAGUUCUGGUUGGUCUAUGGACAUGCCAAGUGCAAGAAGACAAACCACUUUCCCAUGACCAAGCCACAGUGCUGCAGCUGAUAUAAUGCCAUGCAAGAUAAUUUAACUCCUUUCCUAGAGUUCAAUCAGAGGCUGGAGAUGCUGAAUCAUGAGAUUAUCCAUGUGCUUUCUGUUCAACCUCAGGAGCUCUCUCGAGGGGAAAACAGCACAGUGGUUGGUCAGUGGAAGAGAAGGUAUUGCUAACCAUGACACAUUUGGGGUGAGAGGUACCAUACUCUGCUGCAGCCAGAUGUUUGCUUUGGUCACAUGGUCCACUACCUUUGAGAUGAAGUCCCUAUUUCUCCUUGUUAUUAAAUGACUGCUUCCUCUGAAGUGCAAAGUCUGUCUUUGAGACUCCAGCUCUUGGAUCAGUAUCUGCUCUGGUUUUGAGCUUAAUUUUUAUGACACAGAACCUCUGGCACAUUCUGGUGUCAAGCUGUUGGAAGCUUGGAGACUUGAAGCAAUAUCCAGGGUAAGCAGAAUUAAAUUUCAAGCCCCCUUGUAAUACCAAAAUUGUCCAGAUUAAAGCUUUCUAACACAGUUUUGAGUAUUAGAAAGCAGCUUUCUUUAUCACAGUGUGCUGGUCACUCAGAGAAUCCUUCUUCUAACUGAGUAUGCCUGGGCAUUGGGUAAAUGCUCAAAACUGAGUUUUUAAUCAUACACACUGAUGACACACUCGUUGGCUAUCCCUGCUUACUUGAUGUAUGUGUGUUUAUUUUACAUAGUUGCACCCCUUAUUGGAAGUCCCUAAGUUCGUCAGGGUUUGUCUUCAAUGUCCAGUAUCCUUUUUAGGUGGCUGUUCCUCAACUCUCAUUUUGAAUAAGUGAAAUAUUGUUGCUUUGCAUAACUUCAGCUUUGUCAGCCUUGCAAAACUAAGCUGGCAUCUUGUUAUGUUUUGCAUGAGUUUUUUGUCUACUCCUCCAAGACUACAUUGUUCCCUUUAUUUAAAAAGAAUAAAAUGUUCUGUUCUACUGUCCUUA